ACUGGAAGAUAGAGUCAAAAGUAUAUUGCCGUCGAGGUCUGUAUCAUAUAGCUUUCUCUCUUAAAAGGAAAGAUUUGUCACAUUUUAGUCUCAGGUGUAUCUGAAUUGUGAUUUCUUCUGCCUCGUCUAGUAUCGAUGGAAAGCGACGACGAAGAAAAGGCCUAUGCUGACUAUCGGGAACGAUCUCGUGACCUAACUCCUUUCGAUGCUAUCGAACCUCCACCGUAUAUGUGCGGCGGUAUCAGCCCCCUUCAUAUAACUAAUGAAGUUCGGCGUAAUCUCACUCCCCUCUGCGAGCUUGCGUUAGACAAGUACAACACUGAACAGGGUACCAAUUUUGUGUUUGUUGACAUUCUCAAGUCCACCCAUCAAGUUGUUGCUGGUACUAAUUAUUUCAUGACCUUUCGAGCAAAAUCUCCAAACUGCCCUCUUGUAACUUUCCAAGCCUAUGUUUGGGUCAAGUUGCCCUGUUAUGGAGGACAGCCUGUUGUCCAGUCGUGUGCUAUCAAGCCUGCCUAAGCAACACAGAGAGAUACACCAUGGUAAUAAUGUUGCAACAGUGCUAUGCAUGCUUACAUUUUUAACUUUGGUUAUAGUUUUUUUUUUUUUGAAAUUGUAUUUGAUUUUGGUAUUUGGAAUGUGCUUCAGUCUUUUUUUUUCUCAAGAAAUCACAAAUGAAUAAAAAUUGAAGUUGAUAACAAAUAGUAGAAACCAGCAUUGGGUCUGGGAAUACUAAGUUCCAAAAGAGAUUGGAGUUUGUUGAUAAA